AUGAAUCCAGAAGUCCCAAUUGCACUGAGAAUGUCUAGCCAUCUUCUGCUUGGUGUUGUUCGGAUAUAUUCGAAGCAAGUUGAAUAUCUAUACCACGACUGCAAUAUUGUAUUGAUAGGGAUAAGAAAGGCCUUUGCUUCAGUCGAAAUUAAUUUACCAGAAGAUGCGACUCAUGCACCGUUUCAUUCUGUAACUUUGCCAGACAAAUUUGAACUUGAUGCCUUGGAUUUGGAUGAUGACUGUUAUCAGGAUAGGUUUCAGGAUAAUCAUCUGAGGAGCCAGGAGGAGAUUACACUAACAGAUCAGUUUCCGAUUGAUAGAGAUUAUAUUGUCAUCACUUUUGAUGAGGAUGUACCGAGGAAUUCAUUGCGCAUGGAAGAUGUUUCUGGAUUGGGCCUCACACCAAUGGAGGAAGAUUCUCAUCCUUCAGUUUUAGAGCGAGCAACUGCUGACUUCCAAGAUCCUGGUCCCAUUAAUCAGACAGGAAUUAGCGAAACGCCUAAUGAAGAUGGUGUUUCUCAAAAUAUUCCUGAAAUUGAAGUAAUGCGUGAUGCUGUCCAUGACAUCCACUUCAAUGAUGCUCCUGUUUGGCUAGACCAAGGAAAUGAUGUACCUGGACUGGACAAAACUUUAGAACAGCAGAAAGAGAAGGAAAACCUUACCCCAAUUAUGGAAGAGCUGGUAUCUGGAGGUCACUCUCCUCCAUUUCAGAAAUACCAUGAACCGCCUUCUGCUACUUCGAAGCAAGCCUCUGAAAUCUAUGAUACACACAUUUCAUUUGGUGGAUAUACAUCACCUGAAUUGGCAAUUCGAUCAACUCCUCCGGUUGAGCAGCCAAAAGCAAAACCAAGAAAGAGAAAGCACUACUAUGAUGAGUCCACAGUGUUGACUAACAA